CUCAGUACUCAUCUUCCAUCUCUAGCUGUUUUUAGUAAACACAUUGAACUAUUUUUUUUCAAAAGAGUGAGUUUUAUUCGAAUUUUAGCAGAAAUGGCGUCCGUACAUUGUCAACUGUGGAUGGGAAGCCUGGAGUCCUACAUGACGGAGAACUUUAUCAUUGCCGCAUUCCGGAAAAUGGGCGAGGAUCCUACCACGGUGCGCCUGAUGCGCAACAAAUACACCGGCGAACCGGCCGGCUACUGCUUCGUCAACUUCAUAUCCGACGACCAUGCGCUGGACGCGAUGCACAAGCUAAAUGGUAAGACCAUUCCCGGCACCAAUCCCAUCGUGCGAUUCCGGCUCAACUCGGCCAGCAAUUCGUACAAGCUGCCCGGAAACGAACGCGAAUUCAGCGUUUGGGUGGGCGAUCUCAGCUCGGAUGUGGACGACUACCAGCUGUACAAGGUCUUCUCCAGCAAGUUCACCUCGAUCAAGACGGCCAAGGUGAUCCUGGACAGUCUGGGCUUCUCGAAGGGCUAUGGCUUCGUGCGGUUUGGCAUCGAGGAUGAGCAGAAGUCGGCGCUGUACGACAUGAACGGCUUUAUUGGACUGGGCAGCAAGCCCAUAAAGAUCUGCAAUGCUGUGCCCAAGCCAAAGUCUGAGUUGGGUGCUGCUUUGGGAGAGGGAAACACCAACUAUGGAUAUGGUGGCUCCGGGAGCAGUGCAUCCACUGGAGGAACGGAUUAUUCGCAGUAUUACGACCCUACCAGCACCUACUGGCAGGGAUACCAGGCCUGGCAAGGCUACUACGAGCAGGCGGGGCCCUCGAUCACAGAUGCGGCUGCCUACUACCAGCAGGCAAUGUCGCAGUCGCACUCCAAUCCGCAGACCCUCGCACAACACGCCGAAGCAUGGAGUGCCCAGCGCAGCGCCCAGUAUGAGCAGCAGCAGCAAAUCGCCUCUGCCGCCAACGGAGCUGAAGAGGAGUACGGCCUCGUGGAGCACAAAUUCGUCCUGGACACCGACAAGCUCAAUCGCGAGGCCAUCGAUGCGGAUCGCCGUCUGUACGACGCUUUGGAGAGCUCCAAGUGGCUGCCCAUCGAGCAGCUGGAGGUCUUUUAGGCCACUGAUCUGAAGUGUGCCUACUAUAAUUUAGUUAAGUUAGCAUGGGAAAAUAAAAAGCCUCUCUUAGCAUUAA